GUCAGAGUGGGACUGAGCGAGAGUGAGCUCAGUAGGGGAUGGUGGAAUGAAGCAGAUGAGUCGAAUUUCGAGGGGACAUCUUCCGGCGGGAGCGGCGCCGCUACCUUCGGCGCUGCUCCGGCGGGGAAAAGCGCUCUCCGGAGUUCCAUCCGGCGAAGGCGAAGAGAUCUCGGAUCUGAUCUCAAGGCCGCGCCGGGGCUACUCGGUCUCUUCUUAUGGCGAAGCUGAUGUGCUGAAUAGAAUGGAGAAGAAGGCAUCCGUUGGAAUGGCUAAAGCAGGGAGGAGCGCCGCAGAGGAAUUCUUACCGGUGGAAAUUGGAAAGCAUGACUAUGAUUGGCUCCUUACUCCUCCUGGAACACCUCUCUUCUCUUCCGUGGAUUCUGCCGACCACCAGCCGCCACCUUCUUCUCAAAGAAGCACCUCCAAUCUCAGAUCAUCCUCACUUCUAAAACCCUCAAGGCUCUCUGCUCAUUCUGAGAACACCAGCCAUGGCCCAAGAAUGGCCAGAAGCAGCUCAACUACGCGUGCCUCUCUCUCUACCAGCAAAACUCCCUCUUCAGUGUUAAACACCAGCACAGCUUCAGUAAACUCUCGCCCCACCACCCCAGCCAACAGGGUCCGAACUCCUGCCACCACCAUCCCGCGGCCCGCCACAUCCCAUUCAACCACUCCUGCUAGGACUCGGCCCGCAGCCGAAAAACCUCAGCCCAUUGUGCAAAUCUCCCGCCCCUCAACGCCAACCACCCGGGCCCACUUCACCGCCUCCUCGAUCAGUUCAAGCCCUAUUCCGGCCCGCCCAACCAGCCGGCCUUCAACUCCAACCCACCGGCCUCUACCUCCUGCCUCCAAUUCCCGCCUGAGCUCUCCGGCAAGAAGCCGAGCUUCAGCACGGCUAACUGUUUCCCCUAACCUCCCUCUUGAUGCUCCCCCCAAUCUGAGACCUAUUUCUGCUGGGAGGCAAAGGGCGGGAAUGGAGCUAACGCCCCGAGGGAAUUCAAAAGUUGAAGUUUUGGGUGGUGAGAUGAGCUCUUCGAGGAGGGCAUUGUCUCCAGCGGUGGCUCGGGGACAAACUGCUGACAAUCCGGCGAAGGGCAGGUUGAACGGGCAUCAGGACGGUUUGAAGCUGGCCGGGAAUCAGAAGCUGAUGGUUACAGAGAAGAAGGUGAAGCCUGCUAUGGGAAUGGAAACCGGUGGUUAUGGCCGCACCAUGUCGAAGAAUUCACUCAACAUGGCCAUCAAGCAUAUGGACAUUCGACAAGGCAUGAGCGGCCUGCGAGGUGCCUCCCUCUUCCCUCACAGCAUACGCUCCUCCACCGCCGCUAAAGCGGUCGCCGCCGCCACUAACUUAAGGAAUAAGCCGGCUUCAAGAGCCGAGCCUCCGCCCGCCACACACAAGAACAAAAUCACAAACCAUACCAAUCAUGAUAAUGAAUACAUGCCCAAGAACUUGGAUUCAUUCGAGGGCGAAGAGUCUAAAAGAAUUGAUAUGAAGGUCUAUGGAGGCUCAAUCCUCCUUAAAGAAGAUCAAAGGAGUUUGAAUUGGCUUCAAAACUUUGAUGAGAAGGCUAAUGAGACCCAUUUGUUUGAUCAUGGAUUUGAUCCAAACUUUCAUCCCUAUGUAACCAUCCCCACCACCUUGUAAAUUUGUAGCCACUUUAUUAAUCCCACUUAUGUAAUAAGAUGGAGG